GGGCGAUUGAGAGGAGAUUGGGAUAAAAAGCCACUGUCUUGGAUUGUUUCUGGAUCGAUAUCUCAAUUUUAUCUUACUUAUCUUGGCGUUGAACUGAGAUUGCAUUGUUCAUUUAUUCUACAGACUUCAACAUGACUCAACUUGACACUGUUCCUGGCGCGGACGUCAAGCCAUGGCUUCGUCACCCUCCCAAGAAGCAUCUCUUCAUCCACGCCAACAUCAUUGACGUCUCAACGGGCAACAUCCUCCAAGACGCGUCGCUAUCCACCAAAGACGGCAAAAUUGAGACCGUCUACCUUUCAACACCAAGCCAGUAUCCCGAUGGCUACAACAUCGUGGACUGCAAGGACCGAUACCUUUGCCCAGGUCUAUUCGAUGCCCACGUUCAUCUCUGCGCGACACCGGGCUUCACAGACCUAUCCCGUGUGUUUGGAAACCCCAAUGACAUCUCACUGUUGCGACAGCCAUAUGUCGCUUCGCAAAUGCUCUACCGUGGCUUCACAUCAGUUCGUGAUUGCGGCGGCGCGCAACUUCCGCUGAAGGAAGCCAUUGAUGAGGGCGUUUUCCCAGGCCCUCGUCUGUUCAUCUCAGGCCAUGCGCUCUCGCAGACGGGUGGACAUGGUGACUUGAGAAGCUCUUAUGAGAAGCAUGAAUGUUGCGGCGGACACGCUAUUGGAUCUUUGGGCCGUAUCUGCAAUGGCGUACCAGAGUGUAUGGCAGCUGUUCGCGAUGAGAUUCGCUGCGGGGCGGACUUCAUCAAGAUCAUGGGCUCUGGUGGCGUCGCAUCACCAACCGACAAGCUGGAACAGCUGCAAUUCACCAAGUCUGAGAUUCAGGCUAUGGUGGAGUGUGCAAAUAACGCUGGCACUUUUGUCACGGCUCAUGCGUAUACUACUAAGGCGAUCCGACAUUGCAUUGAUAACGGAGUAAAGGGUAUUGAGCACGGUAACUUUGUAGAUGCCCCGACAGCUCGUCUGAUGGCUGAGAAGGGCGUCUAUCUCACCCCGACACUUAUCACCUAUGCGCAAAUGGCUACCGACAAGUGGAAGAACUUCUUACCGCCCGAGUCACAAGUCAAGAAUGCCCAAGUGUUGAAAUCUGGCCUUGAAGCUCUCCGCAUCGCCUCUGAAGCUGGUGUAACGAUGUGUUAUGGCAGCGACCUUCUCGGUCCGCUUGGCUCUGCUCAAACGCAAGAGUUUUCUCUCCGCUCCCAAGCACUCAAACCUCUUGAGAUAUUACGAAGUGCCACGGUGAACCCUGCUAGGAUGAUGGGCUGCGAGACUACUCUGGGUCAGUUGAAGGAGGGCUUCCAGGCGGAUAUCCUCGUCAUGGAUAAGAAUCCAUUGGAGAAUAUCGAGAUCUUUGAUCAUCCUGAAAAGUACAUCUUGGCCGUCAUGAAGGAUGGCCUUGUGUAUCGCAGUCAGUUGGAGUCUUUGGCGGUUGAUGGCGGAAUUCCGAUUCGGUUCAAUUCGGUGCUGUAGUAUUUGAUGGAUGCCGGGAGCAAUAGAUAUGAACAAUAGUCGCGUUAAAUACCAAGCUGUAUAAAUACAAGUUUCUUCCUA